GUAUUUCUGGUAUUAGUCCUGGUUGUUUUGAGUGUUAACGGUCAAGCGACAAUUGUCGUGUGCGAUGAUGACUGCACAGAAAGAGAGACUGAAGCAUUUACAGCUGGUUUCUUACUAGCCAUUUUAUCUGGAUCAUUCACGACAUCUUUUGGAAACAUGAUGGGGAUAGAUAUGACAUCCGGUAUGAUGGGUGGAAUGAUGACGACGACUGCUGCCCCAACAACCACUCAAUUAACAACAAAAGCAACAACAACGGCUUCAACUGUCACAGUAACCCCGGUUGUUUAUCCAUUGUCAAGCAUGAUCAUUUGUGAAGAUAAGUCAGCAACAAUAAGGUGCACUUCCCCCUCAACUUUAAUAAUAUCUGAAGGAUUUUAUGGAUUAAGAGAAGCUAAUCUAUGUUUGACGACCCCUACCGGCAAUUUGGUACAAAUAUGUUCAGCUAACACGGCAAACACCCAAGUGUUAACAUUAUGCAAUGGAAAAGCAAAGUGCACUCUGAAUGCAAACGAUUCAACUUUUUCUAAUACGUGUACAGGCGAGAAGUACCUGGAAGUGAAGUACAGGUGUUCUUGAAAUAUUAGCACUAGUAGUAGUGAAAUAAAACUUUAAAAUAAUAAGGCG